AUGCCACCCUUCGUCCCCCGCAAGCGCGUAUCCUCCGAGGACCCGCCCCCGGCCAAGCGCCAGGCCCGGCCCGAUAAUUUUCAAGCUCCAUUCCACCUCUCCGACUCCGACUCCGAUUCCUCUUUGAGCGAUGCACCCGAAGAUCUCAACAAGGGCAAUGCCACGCAGGCAUCCGAAUCCGAAGAUGAAGAAGAGGAUAUCGACUGGGAGGAUGCGAUAGACACAAAAACCACCGCUACUACACCUACCGUCGCAGCUCCGGAGCUACAAGACCUAGAAUUGACCCUAGAUCAAAAUGAGACACACGUAUCUGAUCUUCUGGAUGGUAAGAAGGGGCCUAGUAAAAUCGAGCGCCAAAUCAGGAUUCAGACACACUGUAUGCAUGUCCAGUGCUUGCUUUUCCACAACGCCAUUCGCAACGCCUGGAGCAACGAUUCCAAAGUCCAUGAGAUCUUGCGAAAAAAGCUACCGGAAGGAAUUCGCAAGGAAGUCAAAAAAUGGCGCAUAGCUUCGGGUCUAGAACUCCCGGAGCCAAAGCCUGAACCGCCCAAAAGUAAGAAGAAGGGCAAAAAGGCCCAGAAAAAUAAAGACUGGAGUGAUGAGUCGGAGCGACUGGAACCAGGCCAACCAGACAUGAGCCGUGGUGAUCCGAUAAUUACAUUGAUAAAGGUGCUGGUCGCAUACUGGAGGAAGCAAUUUCGCAUUACAGCACCUGGACUGCGAAAGUAUGGAUACCGGCCAGUUUCUGCUCUUGAAUCUGCAAUAACCGACUUUCGUGAGGAAGAACAUGACCCGGAGCGCCACGGUGAGCGUAUCGCCAGUCUUGAUGAGUUCCGCGCGACCGCCGAGCGUAUGCAGGGCUCGCGGGAUGUGGGCGCACAGCUCUUCACAGCUCUCGUCCGCGCUUUGGGCAUCGAGGCAAGACUUGUGGCCAGUCUACAGCCGCUGGGCUUUGGUUGGACUAAAGGAGAGACUUACACACCUGCACCCUCCAAGGACACUGAAAAUGAAGAGGAGUCGGAAGGAUCCGAGCCUGAGACUGACGUAGCUGAAAAUAAGCGACCGGCGAAGAACAAGCGCAAACAGUUUGACAGCGAUCUACCAUUUCCUAUCUACUGGACCGAAGUUGCCUCACCUGUCACGAAUGAGAUCAUAUCUGUGGACCCGCUAAUACUUUCCAACCCCGUGGCACCAUUUGGAGAUACAGAUUUACAAGCAAACUUCGAGCCUCGUGGUGCAAAAGCAGAGCGAGCCAAACAAGUUAUAUGCUACGUUGUCGCCCACUCGUCAGAUGGUACUGCCAAAGAGGUCACGACAAGGUAUCUUCGACGGCGGACCUGGCCCGGCAAAACCAAGGGCUUCCGAAUGCCCUUAGAAAAAGUACCCGUAGGUCCACGGGGGAACUACAUCGCCUUCGACUGGUUCGGGAUGGUAAUGCGCGGAUACCAGCGAGCCCGCAAGAGCAAAACAGCAGUCGACAAACUCGAAGAAAGCCGAGAUUUACAGCCAAACCAACCUGAGAAGAAGAGAACAACCCAAACUGCCGACACCCUUCAAAGUCUCCGAACCUCCACCGAGUUCGUCCUAGAGCGUUUCCUCCGCCGCGAAGAAGCCCUCCGUCCCGGCGCAGAACCCGUCCGAACCUUCAUCGCCGGAAAAGGCGCCCGCGCCAAAGAAGAACCUGUCUUCCGACGAGCAGACGUGCUAAAAUGCCUCUCUGCCGAAAGUUGGCACAAAGAAGGUCGCCAGACGAAACCAGGCGCGGUGGCCCUUAAACGCGUGCCCAUCCGUGCAGUAACUCUCAUCCGUAAACGCGAAGUCGACGAAAUGCACCGUCAGACCGGCGAGAAACCCCUGCAGGGUCUAUACUCGCGCGAUCAGACAGAGUAUAUCGUCCCGCCGCCUAUCCAGGACGGCCGAAUCCCCAAGAAUGAAUAUGGUAAUAUCGAUUGUUUCGUGCCGAGUAUGGUCCCUGCGGGUGCAGCGCAUGUCCCAUUACCUGGUACUGUGCGAGUGUGUAAGAAGCUUGGAAUCGACUAUGCGGAGGCAGUGACGGGGUUUGAGUUUGGGUCGAAGAUGGCAGUGCCGGUUAUUCAAGGUGUUGUUGUUGCGGCUGAGAAUGAGGGGCUACUUAGGGAUGCUUGGAAGGCUGAGGCUGCGGAGAAGAGGAAGAGGGAGGAGCUUAAGGCCGAGAAGAAAAUUCUGCAGACGUGGAGGAAGUUUUUAUUCGGGUUACGGAUUAUGGAGCGGGUGAGGGAUGAGUAUGGGGGUGAUCCUGAUGCUGAUCGGGAGCGGGAUUCGCAUAAUCCUUUCGCUGUACAGAAGAAGCGGAAGGAGGAACCUGAUGACGGUGAUGAGGAAAUGCCUGAUCGAGAGUCAUAUAACGCAAUUGAUCAUGGCGGUGGAUUUCUUCUUCCUGGUCACGAAGAUGACGACGAUGGCCUGAUUGUUGAUCAUCAUGAUCAGCAGCAGGGUUAUGCAGGUCCAUCUCACAAAGAUGCCGAUCAUGCCGAUCAUGCCGAUGGCACUGAUGAUAACGAGCCAUUCGAAUCUGGAUGUCCUACUGCAGACUCACAUGUGUCUAUAUCCUCGGGUUCAGGUAAUGAGGUGGAUAAUGGCAAGGGUGAAGACUCCGAACCUGAAUAUGUACCGCGCAGGACACGUCGAACGCGAGGUCCUUAA